ACUGAGGCAAUUCGAAUUAAUUGAAUAACUUACUGUUAUUUCUCGCAAAAGCAAUUGGUUUAUCAAAUAACAGAUUUGGACAGGCUUCUCCUUGUUGCUUUCGCAUGAUAUGUUACCACCCAUUAUUCAAUAACCGACCACAAAUAUAUUCUUUCUGACAAUGGACGUUAUGAAAUGUCGCCAAUGGCCUAAACGAAAAUUCAGCUGAAAGAGAAAAAGGCAAUCUAGCAGAAAGUGUAAACCGGCAAUCUUUAUUGGAUGGCUUCGGUGUGAUUCCGCAUCAUUGCAAUCUUAUUAUGGGGUUAAUUAUUUCAUAAAGAUGCUGGGAAGUGAUGCGUGAAUCCUGUCACAUAAAGUCUUAGUUCCGACAUGACGAUAUCACAAGUUCAUACAAAGAUUGCAAGGACUGUCGACUGCACAAAAGAUCAUGACGGAGACAUCGAUGUUUUGCAGCAGGGACGCCAAAGGAUAAAUAAAGAGCUUUCGACAGAACGCGGUUUUGGUAUGGGUUGUGUAAACAAUGAGUGAGGCAGCAAGAUUAAAUCAAAAAGGCUUAACAGACAGCAGUUUUCACCCUUUCGAAGAGCUAUACGAACGACGAAGCAUGUAAAUUUACUGGAAAAUAACAUCGCUUGGGGACAAAGGAUUUUGUCUUAUGACAUUUCAAGAAAAGUUCGAAGAUCUUUUCGAUGGACAUUGCUUCUGACACAGCAGGUGAAACCGCAACUAUGACUCGACAAAGGAGUCACCUUUACCGUCCCAACUCUGGCACCCUUCGUAUCUUGAGACUUUUACUGAGGUUGACAAGUUUAACCUGUGCGUUGCUAGCUUCCGGCGAGACUAUUUACGUUGACCCUACUGCUUUAGAUGGCGGACACACAUCUGAUCCAUACACCAUCACGGACAACGGGCUUACUCCAACUCCCAAUGAUAUUUCGAAAACUAUAAAUGGCGAACUCAAAGCAUCGACCACAGUCGCUGGCCCCGUCGAAACCUCGACACCGAAACCAACGCGUGCUCAGCCACCAGAGAGCUGUCAAUUCUCUGGAAACGGCAAAAUCGCCAUCCUCCCCUUCAAUGAAAGAGAAGAUUACUAUAGAGCGAGAAUAGGAAUCAUCGAAAAAAGGGCACCUUUCCUCACGCUCAAAUAUGGAAGGGCGGUGGCCAUUUACGAUAGCAAGCAACUUAAAAAAUUUCAAGACCUUUUGGGCCAACAUUGGUUGUACGAUUAUCCAGUCCUGGAGAAACUGAAACAAGCCAUGGAAUUCGUUAUAGCUUUGUGGGUACCAUUCGUCCUUGGAAUUGUCGGAAACUACAUGGUAUUGUACACAGUGAUUAUCUACCUGAAGAACAAGUCGGCCACCAACAUUCUUCUGUGCUCUUUGGCGCUGACUGACUUUUUGACUCUUUUGAUAUGCGUCCCUCUUAAGACGUUUACCAAGAUUAAACCUAAUUACCUGGUGAUCGGUUUGGGGUGUUCAGCAAUCGCGUACAUCCAGCACGUAUUUUUCCAUGCCUCUAUACUACUGCUCGCGACAAUGGCUGUGGAAAGAUACUUAACUAUAUGCCAUCCCUUGAAAUCCAAACUUAUCUCAACUCCAAAAAACAUCAAGAAGGCCAUCCUCGUGUCUUACGUUCUCUCAUUUAUAGUGUCCGCGCCGACUUUCCUGACUUAUGGCGAGCGAUACCUUUCUAAUCAAGAUAAACCCCACUGCCCGCAGGAAGCUGAAUGUGUCGACUUCAACUUCAAUAUCGCAGACAGUGAUCUGAUGCAGCAGUUGAAAGUUUACCCAUACAUGGUGGUCGAAAGUGUGGUCUAUUUUGGAGCCAUUCUCCUCCUGCUUAUCUGUUACGGCAUGGUUGCGAACACACUUUUUAAGAGCAUCAAAGAAGCAGAAGCCAUGAAGGCGGGGAAAAAACAACUCCCGCUUGGCGCAAAGAAGGUUGAAGACCACGACGCGCAAAGUAGAAUGAGGAUCGUGAAAAUGCUGAUUGUGGUGGUCAUCUUCUUUGUAGCCUGCUGGGGCCCAAUUAUCCUUAUUCUCGUCUUACAAGUCACAGCAGACCCACUUUAUAUGGAGUUCAGUCUCAGCAGCGCUCGCGAGACCUGGAUACUGCGAAAUUCUGCAUGGGCGCUGGCCAUGGGAAACAGCUGUGUCAAUCCGUUCAUUUACCUGGUUAUGUCAAGGUCAUUCCGUCGUGGUUUUAAGGCUUCUAUUGGAUGUGGAGGGAAGGAUGAUCUGAAGCGGACCGCAACAAGACAAUCACAGAUGCAUUCGGAUGUUAACUCUGAGGCGACUAGGACUGAGUCGGUUGCAUCAUAGUGUUCAAACGGCCGCUAGCGCACACUCUCGUUCGAUGUAUGUACAACCUCCAGUUACGUACAGUAUGUUUGCCACUUCGAAUUGAUCUCCUUGUCAGAAGAUGUUAGUUUUACAAGUGAUAACCAAGUAAUCAUUUGGGAGAAUGCAGAGACUAUCUCAAUACGUUAUCGCGGAGUUGGCCCGUGCAUGUUUAUUCUGUUGUUACAUGUAUUUAUGGGGAUAUGCAAGGUGAGAUAAAACGUGACAGCGAAAGAAAAGUGGACAUAUCUCUUUGUAGAACGCUCUCUUAGAAACUCAGAAGUUGAGCGUGAGAUUUUAUUCCGACUGGUGUACCUUUAUGUUAUUCGUCACUGAUAACUUUCCCUCAUGUAUUGAGAGUAUAACCAAUAAAAAUUGGCCGACCGGAUAUCGAA